AUGUUAGCUCUUCAUCAUAAAAUAGCUUCCCAACCUGAUUUAAAAGUUGAUAAUUCACAUUAAUCUAAUCCUUAAAUUACAAGGUCUUUAAAACCUGCUUAAUUUCUUAAUAAUCUAGAUUAACUUAAAGAAAGUGAACUUUUUGUACCUUUAAAAACAGAAGCCAUCUAUUAAUAAGGUGCUUAGACAGAUAGAGUUUAAGAAAUCAAUAUUCGAUUUCCUAAAAUUUAAUAAAACUCUUCCUAACUAAUAAAUAAACCAUUAAACCUAAUGCCAGAAUCUAAACACUAUUAACUCAAAACAUAAUUAAACAAUAUUUUCUCUCAGUAAAAUUCUCUUAGUGAUUCUCAUAUUAUUUUACCUGGACUUCAUAAAUAAAGAAAAGAAUCACAUAUGUUUAUUAAAAUGAUAGAGGAAUAAUUGAGUUUUCCAAAUUAAGAAUCAUAAAGAACAAUUUAAAAUAGAUUCAAUAGAAAAGGAAAGAAUUAAACCUAAAGUUAAACCAAUUUAGAAACUUUGAUAUAAUAGGAUUCAGAAAAUUCAUAAUUAGAUGACUAAAAUGCAUAAAGAAAAGUUGAAUUUUAAAAUCGGGUUAAGGUAAUUAAUCUUCAAAAUGGAAGAAUAGCAACAGAAGUUAUAAAAGAAGAGGAUGAAAUAUAACCACCUAUAAAAGUAAAAAGAAAAUUUGUUUCUUAAAAAACGAAAUUUUUUCCUGAUAAUUCUAAUAAAUGA